AUGGGCUCUCUCCCCGAUACCGCGUCCGGUCCUAACACCAACGGCCAUGGCCUAAAUGCACACACUGUUUCCAGGCCUGAUGGGUCACUCGACCUCACAGUGCUUGGAAUGAACAGUGGCACUGCCAUGGACGGUAUUGACUGCGCUCUCGUCCGUUACCGUCAAGCAUCGCCAUCUGCUCCAUUGCACAUGCAGCUUCUCAAGUACGACGAAAUCCCCGUCCCUCAAGAAAUGAAGCAACCCAUCCUCCACAUGCUCCGCUCAACCUCCACCACUCCCUCCGCCCUCGCCCAACUCAACGUCCAACUGGGCCACAUGUUCUCCACCGCCGUCCACACCUUCUGCACCACCCACUCCAUCCCCCCCUCCACCAUCGACCUCAUCGGCUCCCACGGCCAAACCAUCUGGCUCCUCAGCAUGCCCGCCCCAGGCACCUCCGAAACCCGCUCCGCCCUCUGCCUCGGCGAAGGGACCAUCAUCGCCGCCGAAACGGGCAUCACGACCGUGACUUCCUUCCGCCAGGCUGAACAAGCCGUUGGGAGGCAGGGUGCUCCCCUCGUGGCGCUUAUUGAUGGCCUGCUGCUGCACCACCCGACGAAAACUCGGCUGUGCCAGAAUAUCGGGGGGAUUGCUAACCUCUGCCUGAUCCCGGCUGAUUCCGCCGGUGGGGUGCAUGCCAUGGUGGACUGGGACUGCGGGCCGGGGAAUAUGUUCAUCGAUGCUGCGAUGCGGCAUUACACGGCGGGGGAACAGGAAUACGACCGGGACGGGAUGUGGGCGAAGAGGGGGACUGUGCAUCAGGCGACGGUGGAUCAGUUUCUUGCGACGAAUCCGUAUAUCAACCACGCGCCGCCGAAGACGACGGGUCGCGAGGUGUUUGGGGAUAAUGAAUGCCAUGAGCUGAUUGAGGCGUGUGAGAAGGCGGGGUGUGAUAAGUAUGAUGUUGUCGCUACGUUGACGAGGAUUACGGCGGAGAAUAUUUUGUAUCAGUACCGGACUUUUUUGCCGCGGUACGGCUACGGCUGUGGUGGUGGUGUUACCGACUCGAAGGUUACGCAGGUAGACGAGAUCUUCAUGUGUGGUGGUGGCGCGCGCAACCCAGCCAUCGUCGACUACCUCCGCAAGCAACUACCCGGGGUACGUAUCUGUGCUUUGGACGAGACAGGCGUGCCGGGGGACGCGAAAGAGGCUGUGAGCUUCGCCCAGCAGGCUGUGGAAGCGGUACUAGGACGACCUGGGCUGGUGCCGGUGAAUAGUGAUUCGUUGGCGUUGAAUGGGAUUGGGGGGAAGAUUGCGCCGGGGAAGAGGUGGAGGGAGGUGAUGGGGAUGGGGGUGGAUUUUGGGAGGGGGUGGAAGGGCGAAGGGGGGUUGCUGCCGAGUGUUACGGAGAUGGUGGUGGAUGGGGGGGAGUAUUUGUGGGAUUAG